GUCUGUAUGAGCUGUUGGCUGUUGUGCAGGCCGGCUGGGGCCACGUGUGGACAGCCAGGAAGACCUGACCUUCCUCUGGGAUAUGUUUGGUGAGAAAAGCCUGCAUUCACCGGUAAAGAUCUUCACAAUAUCCUGGGUAGCCUUAUGUUGUGAGGUGGAAGUCUCUACUCUUCUGUGGCUGCUGUGGCCAAGACUUCCAAUACUGUGUUAGCAUCCUCGCCUUGUUCCUGAUGUUAAGCAGGAAGCUUUUCCCUGUUGAGCAUGAUGCUAGCUGUGCACUGGUUAUACGUGGCCUUACAUUUUGAGUAGUGCUAAGUUGCCAGUGGAAACUGCCCAUGGGCCACAUGAGAGACCACGGAUCCUGUAAUGCUGGGAGGCAUAAAGCUGGCACAGAAGUGCUGCAGAGAGGCUGUCACCAGUUAGAGGGAAGGAGCCAGAGAAGCAAGAGGUGUGGCAACAGCCAAGGGUGUUCAAAGGUAGAUGGACUGUGCACUCCCUUCCUGAAUGGGAGACCAGCACAGAGACCUUGGGGGCACGCCCUGCCCAGCCCUGCCCAGCCUCGCCCAGGCUCCAGCCGGAGGCUCCGCCCCAGGCCAUGGCCUUCCACUUGCUCACGUGACCAUGCCACAGGCAUGCAGAGAGGCAGGCUGAGCUCUGCCAGGCCAGCAGGGUCCGUGCCAGGCCUGGUGGACUUCGAGGACAAGGAGCAGGUGAAGGCCUUUCUGGAGAACGUGGUGGAGUGCAAGUACCAGUGCUACUGUGAGAAGGACCCGAAUGGUCUGUAUGAGCUGUUGGCUGUUCUGCCAGUCCAGCUGGGGCCACGUGUGGACAGCCAGGAAGACCUGACCUUCCUCUGGGAUAUGUUUGGUGAGAAAAGCCUGCAUUCACUGAUUCAUGAAAAGCUCCACUACUAUGAGAAGCAGAACCCCGUGCCCAUUCUCCACGGUGCAGCAGUCUUGGCCGAUGAUCUGGCUGAAGAGCUUCAGAACAAGCCAUUAAACAGUGAGAUCAGAGAGCUGUUGAAACUCCUGUCAAAACCCAAUGUGAAGGCUUUGCUUUCUGUACAUGAUACUGUGGCUCAGAAGAAUUAUGAUCCUGUAUUACCUCCAAUGCCAGAUGAUAUUGAUGAUGAGGAAGACUCAGUUAAAAUCAUUCGUCUGGUCAAAAAUAGAGAACCACUGGGAGCUACCAUUAAAAAAGAUGAGCAGACUGGAGCCAUCGUUGUGGCUAGAAUCAUGAGAGGAGGAGCUGCAGAUAGAAGUGGUCUUAUUCAUGUUGGUGAUGAACUUAGGGAAGUGAAUGGGAUUCCAGUCGAGGAUAAAAGGCCUGAGGAAAUAAUUCAGAUUUUGGCUCAGUCUCAGGGGGCAAUUACAUUUAAGAUUAUACCCAGCAUCAAAGAGGAGACACCAUCCAAAGAAGGCAAGAUGUUUAUCAAAGCCCUCUUUGACUAUAACCCUAAUGAGGAUAAAGCAAUUCCAUGUAAGGAAGCUGGGCUUUCUUUCAAAAAGGGAGAUAUUCUUCAGAUUAUGAGCCAAGAUGAUGCAACAUGGUGGCAAGCAAAGCAUGCAGGUGAUGCCAAUCCCAGGGCAGGUUUGAUUCCCUCAAAGCAUUUCCAGGAAAGGAGAUUGGCUCUGAGACGACCAGAAAUACUAGUUCAGCCCUUCAAAGUUUCCAGCAGGAAAUCAUAUGCUGAAUAUGCUGGUAACAACAGUGGAACCUAUAUAGCUGGUUUUAGGAGAAGUUUUCGUCUUAGUAGAAAAGAUAAGAAAACAAAUAAGUCCAUGUAUGAAUGUAAGAAGAGUGAUCAGUAUGACACAGCUGAUGUGCCCACAUAUGAGGAAGUGACACCGUAUCGGCGGCAAACGAACGAAAAAUACAGACUUGUUGUCCUGGUUGGUCCUGUGGGAGUGGGUUUGAAUGAACUGAAACGAAAGCUGCUCAUCAGCGACACACAGCACUAUGGUGUGACUGUACCCCACACGACCAGAGCAAAAAGAAGCCAGGAAAGCGAUGGUGUGGAAUAUAUUUUCAUUUCCAAGCACUUGUUCGAGACAGAUGUACAAAAUAACAAGUUUAUUGAAUAUGGUGAAUAUAAAAACAACUACUACGGCACAAGCAUAGACUCCGUUCGGUCUGUCCUGGCUAAAAACAAAGUUUGUUUGUUGGACGUUCAGCCUCACACAGUGAAGCAUUUAAGGACCUUAGAAUUUAAGCCCUACGUGAUAUUUAUAAAGCCUCCAUCAAUAGAGCGCUUGAGGGAGACAAGAAAAAAUGCAAAGAUUAUUUCAAGCAGAGAUGACCAAGGUGCUGCAAAGCCUUUUACAGAAGAAGACUUUCAGGACAUGAUUAAAUCUGCACAGAUAAUGGAAAAUCAAUAUGGUCAUCUUUUUGACAAAAUUAUAGUAAAUGAUGACCUCACUGUGGCAUUCAAUGAGCUAAAAACAACUUUUGACAAAUUAGAGACAGAAGCCCACUGGGUCCCAGUGAGCUGGUUACAUUC